GCUUUUUCCUUCUCUCUCACUUGUGGUCCCCCUCCCCGCUGCUGGUUUGCCCUCCUGCAUCCUCGGAGGGAGGGAGGGAGGGAGCAAGGGGCGGGGAGAGAGGAUCAGGAUGACGGGGGUCUUUGACAGCCUCGCCUCAGAUAUGCAUUCCAACCAGAUUACCUCCAGCAGUUACCAUCACCAGCAGCAGCAGCAGCAGCAACAACAACAACAACACCACAGCUUACACAAGCCCCAGGAGUCUCCCACGUUGCCUGUAUCCACCGCCACGGACAGCAGCUACUACACCAACCAGCAGCAGCACCACGGAGGAGGAGGAGGAGGAGGAGGAAGCGCCGGGAGCAACGCGGGCAGCGCGUCUCCGUACGCGCAGAUGGGCUCCUACCAGUACCACCCGAGCGGCAUCAGCGCGGUGCCUUACUCCACCAAAGCCGGCAGCUACGACCUGGGGUACUCGGCCUCUUACAGCUCCUAUGCAACCUACGGGGCAAGGACGUCCCCGGUCAGCAACGAUCCUGCCGAGAAAGAAGAAGGCGAGCCCGAGAUCCGGAUAGUCAACGGCAAACCCAAGAAAGUGCGGAAGCCGAGGACGAUCUACUCCAGCUUUCAGCUGGCGGCUCUGCAGCGACGCUUUCAGAAGACCCAGUAUCUGGCACUGCCCGAGAGAGCCGAGCUGGCAGCAUCGCUAGGCCUCACCCAAACUCAGGUGAAGAUCUGGUUCCAGAACCGCCGUUCCAAGUUCAAGAAGAUGUGGAAAAGCGGCGAGAUCCCCGCCGACCAGCACCCGGGCGGCGGCGGCAGCUCCCCGCCUUGCUCGGCGGCGUCUCCGGCCUCGACCACACUAGCUUGGGACUUCGCGCCGCACCCCCAGCGGAUGAGCAGCGGUGGCGGAGGCGGCGGGAGCAGCGCUGGAUCCAGCCCGGGCGCCCCGGGCGCGACGGCUGCUUUCCUGGGCAACUACUCGUGGUACCACCAGGCUUCAAGCGCCGCUGCUUCCCACUUGCAAGCCGCCUCCCCGAUCCUGCAGCAAGCGCAGCCUCACCAGCACCACCCGCACCUCCACCACCACCACCACCACGGCGCCGCUGUCAGCGCAGGGACGAUUUUCUAACCCGCCGACGCGUUCCGCCCGCGCGUUUGCCGCGCGCAACCCAGCUCCCCCAAGUGGAGUUGGAGGAGGAGGGGGAGCCCUGUUCACUCCGCGCUCCUGUCCCCAAAGGAUAGAGAGGUACAUACCCGGGUGUUUCGUUGGAGAACCGAGCCGCUCCCUACCCGCCCGUCCCGCUGCUACCCACUCCGGAGUGACUCCGACGCUGGUCCUUCCCAGGUGGUACUUCUUACAUACCCAGCUGGGAGAUGAGAGCCUUCCCUAAAGUUUGGACCGAAUCAGGGCCUAUGGUUAUCCUCCCGCACACACUUCAAAUCAGAACACCCCUAAUCCAGUAGGUGUCUUUGAAGUCGCUGGCAACAUUCCCAUUGACCUCCAUGGAAUCCGGGUAAAACUGUGCUCACAAACUUGCUCAAAAAGUCUCUACAGAUUUUAAGGUUAUUUCCCUCCCAUCCGCUCCAUCUAUUCUUUGAUAUAUCCCCUUCUCUUUUUUUUUAACCUACCUUCUAUUCUUCAAAUGCGGAAGGGGGAAAUUCACUCUUCUCCCAUUUCGCAUCCAAUCGCCAGUGCAGAAUUUCUUAUUUAAUUUUUAUUAUUAUUUUUGUAAACUUUUUAUAGGUGCCUUUGCAGAUGACCUCAUUUUGAUGUUGGGGGAAAAAAGAUUAAAUAAUUUUUAUAUGUAGAUAUUUAAAAUUAAAAAGAACCCAGCUGUGUUUAAAUUAUCUUUUUUUAAUGUUUGCAGGACUUUUUUUUCACGAGGAAAAAAUAUGUUUGUAAUAACGCUGUUUUGUGCUGAUUUCUCCCCUACUUGGCUUCUUGGUGUAAAAAAAAAAAUAGAGGGGGGAAGAGUUGCAUUGGACAGCCUGUAUUUGUUUAUGUUUGUAAACCAAGAUCUGUUAAUGCCAUAACGUUAUUCUGUUUCUCUCUGGGCAGUUUCCAUAUCAUUUAAUUAUUCUGUUUGAUACCUUUUCUCUUCGCUGUCAAAAAGAAUAAGCUACUGAAAUUUUCCCAGUUCGUCGUUAAAACCUUUAAAACAUAAAAAGGUAUUUUCUAGGUUAUUUAUUAGAAAAACAAAACAAAAUCGCUCGAUGUUACUUUUACACUAUGAAGAGAUUAUUUAAAUAAAUUAUUGUUUCCACCGGA